GCCGUCAACGGCGAACUUGAUACACCACGCUGGCUGUUCCACUCGGUCACAAUCUUUGUCUUCAGACUUUGGCGCCACGGAACCCAGACCACUCCCUCGGUUGCACAUAACCCACCGACCGAGGCCGUUGCCCUUCGAGAUGACGGCUUGACCUCGCAGGACCGAGCUCAGCCUCCUUACAGCACGCACAACUGCAAACCUCGCGGCGCCCUCCGACGACCUCCCACGAUCACGAAAACGGGCGCGACGACCGACUGUCGCAGCAAUGGCGUCCUUACCACCGCGCCACGGCGCCCUCUCGAUUGCGCUCGUCCUCCAGCUCCUCUUCCUCGCCGUGGCAGCGUACAAGGAGCUGUCGGAUAGCUUCCUCAAGGCGAUCCCCGUCGAGGGCGCCGACUUCGACAUCCACCGCGGCAAGCUGCUGUCGCCCAUAUUAAUACCCCGGGUGCCCGGGACGCCGGGCCAGGUCAAGGUGCAAGAGCACUUUGUCAACUUCUUCAAGAAGGACCUGCCGAAAUGGUCCAUCAUGUGGCAGAACUCGACGGGGACCACGCCCGUAUCCAACGGGAAACAGAUACCGUUCCAGAACCUCAUCUUCCGCCGCGAGCCGCCUUGGGUCAGGCCCGGCCAGGCAAACUACCUGACGCUGGUGGCGCAUUACGAUAGCAAGAUUACGCCCACGGGUUUUAUCGGCGCCACGGACAGUGCGGCCCCUUGCGCGAUCCUGAUGCACGUCGCUCGCAGCAUCGACAAGUACGUGACCCAAAUGCACGACGAAAUGGCCGCCCUCGGCGAGGGGGGCACUAUCGCGAUGGAUAUGGGCGUGCAGAUCAUCCUGCUCGACGGCGAGGAGGCGUUCAAGGCCUGGACGGACACGGAUUCGGUUUAUGGAGCAAGAUCUCUUGCUGCUGAAUGGGAUAGGACAUUCAACCCGGCCAUGUCCCAGUACAAAAAUCCGUUGGAACAAAUCAGCGUGUUUGUACUGCUGGACCUGCUCGGGACGGCGAACCCGGAAGUGCCGUCCUACUUCCAGACGACGCACUGGGCGUACGCGAAGAUGGCCAAGAUCGAGGAGCGCAUGCGCGGCUUAAAGCUGCUCGAAUCGAAGCCCAAUGGGCCCUUCUUCCCUGAUAAGGAUAAGACGCACUUCUUCCCGGCCGGUGUGGGCGACGAUCACAUGCCCUUUAUGAUGCGCGGCGUCGACGUUCUGCAUCUUAUCCCCUCACCCUUCCCACUGGUCUGGCACACGAUGAACGACGACGGCGAUCAUCUGGACCUUGCCACGGUCCGGGACUGGACCAGGAUCACGACGGCGUUUGCGCUCGAGUGGUUGGACAUGAUGGAGGUGUGGCCCGCCGAAGGGAAAGCGGGGGGACGGUGAUAGUAGAGAUAACGCAUAAUUGGAAAGAAAUCAAAAUGAAGCGGCCCCCUUGGAAGUUGAACAAGCCUCGGGGCUGUGGGCGUCUGCCUAGUGCGUGGCUAGGGUGAUCAAGUCAACCCUGCCUCGGGCGCGGGAAGUGACAGUUCUCAGAAACGUUGGAUACAGGAAGCAACCGAUCUCGGGCCGAAGAGGUCUAGUCGACGAUGGCCUCGCUUCGGCUUUCUGGCCCAAAAUGUGAAUAACGCGGGUUUGCAAUUCAUUCCAUCACGCUUCCCAGCUCCUGCAUCUUGGGCCGUGACAACUUGAAAAAAACUCACGAGAGCAAUCGAUUGGCCCUGCCCCAUACCAUUUGGCGGGAUCUGGGCCACCCGUCACGCCAACCUUUUGGCUGCACAGCUGACGCAGCACUGCCUCACUCAACGGCGGAACUAUCGAUGCAGUGUUCCUUCCACCCAUACGUGAGCAACGUUGAGAUCCGGGGGCAGUGUUGAAUGGCCGGUAGCGACGCGACACUGCCACUGGGCCUCCAUAUUGGGCUCUGAACUCAAGACCGCUUAUGUCGUCGUCACGUGCAGCUUCGCCAAGCCGAGGAGCAUAUAUAUCUCGCGGGUGUUCCCAGGUUGCCGAUCCUGCAGAGCUGGUAUUA